UAGGAGGAUAAGGUUUCAUGUAAAAAUUUUCUUCCGUGUGGGCUUAAAAAAUUGCUCAUCUAUGCAACUUUAAAUAGGAACCGUCUGUUUACGAAAUGGGUAUCCUAAAUGAACUUCGUAUCGUGUAACAGCCAACUAUCAGUCCUAAUCAUCAAUACCAAUGGCUGCAGCACCAGAUCCUGAUGCUAACGAAAGAAUAGAGGAAAUCCCGAUCAUCUUGAAGUGCUGCACGUGCGGAGAAACUCUAGAAGAACCAAAGACACUUCCCUGUUUUCAUUCGUUCUGCAAAAAAUGUCUGGCGACAUAUUUUGAAGACGAACUCAAGGUCAAAGAGCGUGAAUAUAAUAAUGCAUUUGAAUGUCCAAAGUGCAAGACGCAAUUAAAUCUGAAACAAGGCGAUGGCGUCGAAGGAAUUCUGCCAAAUGAGUUCAUCAGCAACUUGCUGGAUAUUUUGCCUGUCAUAAAACAACAAAAAGAAAAGCUACAGUGUGGAUCUUGCAAAGCUCAAGUAUCAGUUGAGUGCAGAUGUUUUGAAUGCGAGCGUUAUCUGUGCGAGAACUGUUUGACAACACACAGCAAAUGGCCAGACUUCAAACAGCAUGUUGUAAUGUCGUUGGAAGAUUUGGCAAAACCUGAAAACCAAAGCAAAGCCAAGAAGAAACCACGUUGUGACAAGCAAGGUCACGGAAGUAAACACCUCGAAUUUUAUUGCAAUACUUGUAAAGAACUGGCUUGUAUGAGCUGCGUUGUAUUAGAUCAUCCGAAACCCGAUCAUGAUUAUCAACCUAUGGAUACAGAGGCUGAGAAACAAAAGGAAGCCCUAAAGAAAACUUUUGACAUCUUACAAAAGACGUCCACUGAAGUUGAUACUGCUCUAAACAAAAUAGGCUCUGCUAUUGGUAAACUACAAGUUACCACCGAAGAGGCUAAAGUUUCGAUCAAAAAACAAGAAAAGGAAAUCUGCGAAGUGUUAUCGAAGAAAGUAGAACACAAGGCAGCAAUCUUGAUCGGCCAAGUCAACAGAAAGCUAGACGCCCAGAACCGGGAGCUUGAGAAACAACAAUGCGACAUGAAAGCCUAUCAUGAGAAGGUGAAUGGUUCACUGGAUUUUGCAAAGAAUAUCAUCGAAAGAGCGAGCAGUGAAGAAGUCAUUUUACUAGGCAGAGAACUUCAGCUUAACGCCGAGGUUAUAAAGAAAGAACGCCCAGAUCGGAUGGAACCAAUUCAUGAUGGUACCAUCGAAUACCAGGCAAAACCCACCGGGACUAUUGUUGAUAAUAUAAACCUGAAUGAUCUAGGAAAUGUGGUUUCCACUUGUUUUCAGCAAAAUGACCGCCCGAUUCCUAGCCGUAGAACGAAAUUUUUCUAUUGAAACUGUAUUCAUAGAAGAUUUCAGGGAGAACAAUUGGUUUUCAUUAACGCCCAUUCACACCAUGCAAUUUUCGCAUAUACGGUUUUUACCCUGGCGUAUGUGAACGUGUGAACAAACGUACAAACGCGACAUUUCAAAUUCCGCCCUAGUGAACUUUAAUAAAACCUGGAAUGCUAACUUGGCCGUCAUCUUUGAGCUGACAUAUGAAGGUAGUUUUUUUUGAGACAGAUGUAGAGAGUCUGAGAGUAAUUAUCUAAGACUGUCUAGAACUAUGUAAAAUUCAACCAUCCACGAGAAACAGAGAAUUUUUUGGCUUAAACAAACUAUUACGCUGAACUAUAAGAGUUCCAGCCGGUUUUAUUACAGUUCAUUGUUCCGCCAUGAAUCAAAUAAGAAUCAUUGAGGCAUAAGCCCUCUUUUGCACUCGUCUGAAUGAUAAUUGCGUUCAACUAAUUAUAAAUAAUUAAGUGAUGUUGAUGUGGACGAUAUUAUAAUUCGCAUUUUAAAAGAGUGUAUGCAUGAAUAUACAAAUCUGAAAUUUUUGUAGUUUGUAAAGUCUGAGAUGCAUA